GCGCAUGCGUGCCCCCGGAGCUGGCUCAGGCUGCCUCGGCCAGAUUGCGAAGCCCUCCGAUUCUGCGCUGUUGACCGGGUCUCCUGCAUCUCUCCUGCGUGUCCUCCCACUCCGCCCCGCGAUGCCGGUGGACCUCAGCCAGUGGUCUGGGCCCUUGAGCCUACAGGAAGUGGACGAGCAGCCGCAGCACCCGCUGCAGGUCAAAUACGCCGGGGCGGAGGUCGACCAGCUGGGCAAAGUGCUGACGCCCACCCAGGUUAAGAACCGGCCGGCGAGUAUUGAAUGGGAUGGUGUUGAUCCAGGUAAACUCUACACCUUGGUCUUGACAGACCCGGAUGCUCCAAGCAGAAAGGACCCCAAAUAUAGGGAAUGGCACCAUUUCCUGGUGGUCAACAUGAAGGGCAACAACAUCGGCAGUGGCACAGUCCUCUCUGAUUAUGUGGGCUCUGGGCCUCCUAAGGGCACAGGCCUUCACCGCUACGUCUGGCUGGUUUACGAGCAGAACAAGCCGCUGAAGUGUGACGAGCCCAUCCUCAGCAACCGAUCUGGAGACCAUCGUGGCAAAUUCAAGGUGGCAUCUUUCAGGAAAAAGUACGAGCUCGGGCCUCCAGUGGCUGGCACGUGUUACCAGGCGGAAUGGGACGACUACGUGCCCAAGCUCUAUGAGCAGCUGUCUGGGAAGUAGGGGAAAGCCAGGAGACAGAUGUUGCCCCUGGGGGCCCCAAGCAGUGUUCUCAAGUUCAGUGAUAUAUGUAGAUUUCUCCUCGUCCCUGUUCCCAUUCUCAUAGGCCAGACCUGAGCAGAUAGUGGUGUAGGGUGACUUUUCCGCCUGCCCGUCCUUUAUAAUUGUACAGGGUCACACCCCGUGGUUUAUGUUCUGAUCAAAUUUGAACUCCCUUUUGGUGGCUAUUUUGGUACUGUGAUGCGGUCAUCAUAUUGUUAAUAUAAGAAUAACAACCCAGAAUUUAAAGGAGAAAAAUUUUAGGUAAGAAGAACAGGUCUACAGUGAUAGUGCAGAGCAUCAAAACAUCUUCAAGGGAGAUUAAAACAAAAAAAGAAAGAUUUAUUGCCUCUUUCUUUGUGCGCCUGAAUCCAAAACUGCACAGUGGCAUAUUCCGGGAUGUGUUUUCAUAGGCCCGUCUCUCACCAGACAACCAGAGGCUGGCAUCCUCUAACCCCCAUGGCGCACAUCUCGGGUUAGUUAGUAGGUGUGUCACUGUCCUGCCCUGGCUCCUUGAGAGAGCAGCACUGGAAGAGGCCGUAAGGAGAAUUGCUCUUCUGUCCCGGCAGCCGUCUGGAUGAGCUACAGGGCUGGGUGAGGUUAUCAGAAAUCUGAGUCUGUGUCUGUUAAACUGAUCACUCUUCGUUGGUGUAACAAAAGUAGGUCUGGAGUUGCUGAGUAUUGUGUUAAUUCUGCUGUUUGCCUCUAGUUGAAUAAAAAUAAAAACAUUGUGUGGACAAACUAGGCCUCCAGCUAUUUUGCCCUUUUGGCUAUGGGGUUUCAGAAAUGUUGG